AUGAGCGACGCAGAAAGCGAUGAACCAGAUUCCCAGCAGCUGGACCCGUAUUCGGACGAUUCGGAUAGCCAGAAUCGCCGUCAAGCGCGAUUUACCUGCACCCUUUUGAAUCUUUCGAAACGGCACAAGCAUCAAACGCUGAAAGAACACAUCAGAAAUGAGUACAAGAAGUAUGGAACUGUCAAGAAUGUGAUUUUGGACGACAAAGAAGACAACCGAGUGGCGGUGGUUUUCUUGAGCGAGAAAAGAGAAGUCAGAAGAGCUUGCGAAGCCACUGAUGGAAGAUACCUUUUCAAUGCGAUUUUGGACGUUUAUGAUUCGUCCGAAAGUGAUAGACACGAAUUCCCGUUCUUCUCCUCCCGAACUCUCUUCAUCGGAAACUUGGAAAAAGUGACAACUUACGAAGACCUGAAGCGCCAGUUCUUCAAAUACGGCAAAAUCCUGAAAAUCGACUUGAAAAAGAUCAACGGAGUAACUCGCUACGCCUUCGUUCAAUUCGCCAAGCUGGACGACGCCAGACUUGCUGUCCAUCGCAUGCAACGAGAAAAACUAGGAAAAAACAUCGUCGCGACUUGCUACGCCAGAAGCAUUAAGAGCCAAGUGCUUUGGUUCUCUGGCUCAUUGCCGCAUCGAGGUCACGAUAUUGAUCCAGAAUAUGGGGAGCAGUUCUUCAGACGAGUUUUUGAACAGUUUGGCACUGUGAGAAGCUUGAUUCUAGACAGACGUAGUCCCAAGCAGAGCCAAAUUCUUGUCGCGUAUUCGGACGUAGUUGGGUCCAACAAAGCCUACAUCGAGUUCAAAGAAAACCGUCGAAAAUUGACGAAUUCCCGCUGGUCCUGCGACUUUGCUUCCGAAGAGCUAGUUCAAUCCGUAACUGAUGAUAUGCACAAGAAUAACGUCCUUUCCCGCUCGGAAAUCAUCAACCACUGGGGAGAUAUCAUCGCCAAGUUGAAAAAAGCGCAAGAAGACGACGAGUUCCGAAUGAUUGGGAGCGACUACGAGUACCGCAAGUACACAAAGCUCUCGGAGCGAAUCGAUCGAGACAACUCGGCGGAGCGAAAGCGAUACAGAGAUCGCGUUCCCGCUCCCGUGGUCGGGAUUCGCCGAGAAGAAAGAAGUCAAAAGGGACCGUCUCGUUCGGAAGAGUUCAUUCCCCACAAAGCCCGCGAGGAAGAAGAGGCGAUCGGCGACGCGGAUCGUCAUCCACAUCGUCUUCUUCCUAUUCCCGAAAUUCAAACAAAACACAACAAACCGCCGUUCGACUCUUCGGCCAGCGCAACUGCCGGUGCCGGUUCCUACAAUCCUAAAGUAACAAUCGACAAUGAUCACUUCAAAAACACGGAAAGAGGAGAAGCCAUCCAAUCCGAAUCCAAAAGAGUCACUUCCACCACUGCCACAGGAAACGUCGUCGUCACCAAGAGUAACAAGCCGAUCGAGCUCGCCGUCCCACACAAGCUACCGCUGCCAUCACAAAAAGUACUCGACGAAAUGCUCGGCGCAAAGAAGAAUACUUCCCGUCCGACUUCGCCGGUCAAAACGCAUAAAGUUGCAGAUGAUACUUCUGUCAAGAAGCUCUUGGACAGACGCCAGUUGAAGGAUGAGGAUUCGAACGCUACAUCUAAUCAAGAUGAAGAAGAAAAACUAAAACACGCGGCUCUGACGAGUAAGAAAAGUGCGCCGAUUGUGCUUCCAGUGCUUCCAGUUCCAGCAAGCGCGAGUACUCCGGCUCAGAAGCCAAAGAAGCCUGGGCAAGAUCAUGCUCAGACUUCCCCAGUUCUUUCUAGCUCACGGGAAAAGCCGAGGGAGGAAACUUUGAUGAGCCCGAAGCGCAGCAAUCCACAGCAACAAGUGCCGACCAGUGGAUAUUCUGGUGCGGCGAUGGGAAAACAUGGCAAAAAGAAACAAAUGGCCCAAAAGGCAAACACCUCUCUUCAAAAUGGCAAUUCACACAGCAGCAACGCAGCAGCAGAAAUGCAGGAAAAAGAAGCCAGAAAGCGAAAAGAAGAGCAAAAGAAAAAAGAGCUUCAAGAGGCGAAGAAAAAGCCGCAAGCACAGCCUGCCAAUCCGAAGAAGUCAUUUUUGCUGCGAGCUGGGCCAAAGAAAAAGUUCUUGGAGGACCCGAUGCGAGCUAUUGGCGAUGAAGACUACGACGACUUCCGGAAGGAGAUCUUGCAGCUGCUGAGUGAAGUAAGGCAGGAGGCUGAGCAUCUUCCGGAGGCAGACGAGCCCUACAUUCCAGUUCUGCAAAAAACGCCCCCACGCGAAAACCCGUCCCUGGAGCACCUCUUCGAAUGCAACAACACAUGGACUCCAACGCCCCAUCGAGAGUACGCUGACGCUUCGGGCAGCUCUGGGGAAACUAGAAAGCUUCCGUUCGGGGCUCGCAUCACCAAGAAAAACACUUCCGGAAGCGGCGUGAUGGAACAGGCGAAAGUUCAAACUUACCUGCAGCGAAUCAUCAAGCCCGAGGAGUUCUUGAUCGACUCGAAUGUCAAGCGUUGGGACAUCUUCGAAGAGGACAGGAAGAGGAUUGAGAAAUCACCUUGGAUGAGUGCAGAUGUCACGACAGAGUCGCCAUUUGUCGAUAAACCAGGCGUUUUCGACUUCUACCAGGACUGGAACAGCUCGAUUCAAACUGAUCUCGAGCACUUAUCCGCCGCUGUUAAUGAAGUCCUUGGUAUCGGCGUCCAACAGCCUGUUCAAAACAAUACGGAGAUCCCAGCGGAGAAGAUGGAACAGGAAUUGUUUCUUCCUAAAGAAGAGCCAUUCCCAUCCGCUUCGAACAACGGAACUGACACUGGAACCUCGAAAACCGAGCCGAUGGAAGACUCUUCUGUCAACGGAGAAAUGGUCAAAAUAGAACUAGAAGAUGUCGAAAACGAGAGUGAAAAACUCAAGAUGAUGCAACACGGAUCAGAGCGACGCGCCUCCACCAAGAGCGAAAAAGAGCACAAAAAGGAAAAGAAAGAGCGAAGCAGAGAGCGCAAAAAGAGCCGUAAGACCAGCUCUGACGUCGAAGGAGCAGAACGAAAGCACAAAGAAAAGAAACAAACAAGCGCCUCGCCAAGUCGCAAGAUCUCCGCUUCUUCACAAGAAUCCGCCGCACAUUCUAGCUCUCCGACUAGUGAAAUCCUCUCACCGAAGCCAUCAUCUGAGCCGCUGGACAUCCACGAAGUCGACAAGACGAAUCAGUCUGUUCGAGAACGCAUGGAAGAUAUGAUGCGACGCAAGACAAAGUCCGGCUCGAGCAAGAAAAAAUCUGGCAAGUAUCGAAGAGCCAGCGUUCCGGAAAAUGACGACGAAGGAAACGCGAUCGUCAACGAUGCGGUGAAAAACCUCUCUUUCGAAGACAAGAACGAGGCGAAAGAAACCGAGGAAGAUCAAAAAUCGGAUCCGAAGGAUGACUGUGACAGGAACGCAGAGCUAGACGCGGCCCUUGCGGGGCUGGAGGAAGACUACGAAGCGCCGAAAAGAAAGCGGAAACUGUCAUCUCGCCUGAGAAGCCGUUUGAGCCCAAAAAACCUCGUUGUCAUCCCCAAGCCAGCUCAGCCAGAGACUCCAACGAAGAAGAGCGAGCCGCUGUUUAGUCCAGCUCCAGCUGAUCUUCCCGAAAACCUUUUUAGAAAACGUUUCAAAUUACAAGAACGUCGACCAUCUUUUAAAUCUGAAGCAGCUCCGGAACCAGUCAAGAAAACUGAAAUAAAGGCUGAACCUCAACAACUGCCAGAACCAUCUGUUGUUGCUCCACCGGCUCCAGUCACGACUGCUGCUCCUGUCAUUGAUGAACCUAAAGUUAAAAUUGAAGCGAAACCUCAAGAAAGAAAUACAUCUCCCUUCAGAGCAAAUCAAGCUGCUCCAAAACUUAGUUCUCCCGUCAAAGUAUCACUCCCGGAUCGAAGACACAGCCAGUCAGAGCUUAUCAAGUCGGAUUUGUUAGAAAGAGUAGAGAGAAAACUUUCAACUGCUUCUGGAACCAGCGAAAUCAGCAACGCUUCCAACUCCGGCUUUUCGACCCCUGUUCAAAUUCAACUUCCCAACAACUCAAAGCUGGAGACGAUUGUUCCGCCUGCUUCGAAGCGGUACACUCCUGGGCCGAUCAGAUUAGCGGGUGCUUCUACGACGCUUCAUCCGACUCAGAAGCCGACGGGAAUCAUGACCAUUCAGCAGCCGACGAUUCAGACGAUUCAACCAACUGCCCUCUCUCCUCGACUUACUGCUGUCAUGGUUCCCCGGCCAGUUAUCUUGACACCAAGCACUCCUGCUUCUCUUCCACAGGGAACGCUUCGUCCAAACAUGCCGCUGACUACUCAAGCGCAGAUCAUUACUGGCCCGAGAAUGACCACAAGCUCUUCUGCCUCUCAGCAGGUCAUUAUCCAGCGACCAGUGGCGAUGCAAUCCGGCACAGUCAUCAACGCACAGCAGGUUGGGCAAGGCCAAAAGACCGCUCAAGUCGUAUCGAACUUCAUCGCGCCGCAGUCAUUUGGAACUGUUAGAAUGUAUCAACCCAUUGGCCAAGGGCGUCAAGUGCUCGUGAACCUCCCACCAUCUGCGCACUCGGGUUAUGUUGCUCAAAAGCCGGUGCAAAAGCCAGAGCCCGUUAAGACGGAGAAGAAAUCGGAAGAAGCAGAAAAGCCUCCGCCUCAGCCGCAAAUUCUCUCCUACUCGACAGGUGGAGCUUCUCGCGUCCCUGUCAGCCGCGUUCCAGAGCAAACAGUGCAUGUGCAGGCGGGCCAACGGCUACCAAUGCCACCCUUUAUUUCCCAACAGCCGCAGCAAUCUAUGAGACCGCUUUCUGUCAACGAUCGUGCGCAACUUCUUGAACGUCAUAAAUUGCUCUGGCAAGGAUAUUUGAAUAUCAAGAACGACACAGCCACCGUUCAUCUUAAUUUGAUUCAUGGAAACGCAGACGUUCCGAUGGAAUUUCUGCCACGAGACAGAGAUGCAACUGGUCAGGCACAGCAGAACCGAAUGGGGACGCUCAAGAUUGUUCAAAGAAUGCGGCUUGAACCCAACCAGCUGGAAAAAGUGGCUGAACAAAUCGAAAAGAGUUCCACUUGCUGUACAAUGGUCGCCCUUCCAUGCGGCACUGACGAACGCGACGUACAUUUGCAAACCGAGGCACUGCGGAAAAAGUUCAUCGAGUACUUGACCGAGAAGCGCUCGGCCGGAAUCGUCAACGUCGCCGGCGGACGCAGCUCUCACAUUUUGCACAUUUUCCCUCCUUGCGAGUUCACUACCAACACUCUCCGUCGCUUGGCGCCGCGCUUCCUCGAAAUGGUUCAUCACUUGCCGAUGCUGCUCGUCGUCAUCGCUCCUCAAUGA